AUGAAGGAAGAAUAUUUGCGUUACAAGGGCAUUACUGUCACCGAUGAUACGAGUAGUACAAGCACGAAUGUCCCUUUGGGUAAAUUUCUCAGCUUUAGCAUUACCUAUGGACAUCAAAUUACAACCUUCAUGCGCCACUUCAAUAAAUAUGCCAAGAAACUUUCAAAAGAAGCCGUAGAGUCCCAAACGGAAUCAGACACUGCUGCGGUGGUGCUACAAGAAGGAACCUCCCACGUUUGCUUAUUGACACCUUCCUCGACAAUCUUAAGGCAGAGAAUCGAAAUUUCGAUGCCAAAAAAGAAAGACGAAAUUGAUGUUGAUAAAUUUAAUCGGAAAACUGAAGUAUUCUAUAGAGCAACUUAUGAUGCAGUGGUUAAAAACUUCAAUUUUACUGAGCCGAGAAUGAUCAUAUUGUGCUCGCCUGGUUUUUACGCAAGAGCACUAAUGAAAAAAAUCCUAAGGUAUGCAGAGAAAGAACAAAUAAUUCAGUUUUACAGAAUCAAGAAGUGUUUAUAA